AUGGCUGACCCGAUAGAGCGGGCAAGGCCCGGGCUACCGCGUGUGGUCAACCUGGAGGGAGCAGUGGCAGCACGCGAGCCAGAGGUGGGGCCGGUGGGGGGAGGCCGCGCGACCAGCCACCGCCGCCACGACGCGCUGCGGCGCCCCAAUGCGAAGCUGCAGCAGCAGUGGAUCAUCCACCGCCACAUCUCAGACGGCGGCGGGCCCCCUGGCGCCGCCGGCGGCGGCCCCGACACGUCAGCGUCCCCCGCCCCGUCGUCGCUCGGGCCCGACAGCUCGCCGCGCGGCCCCCCGUCUGCCGCCGGCGAUGAGGGCAGCGGCGAGGAGUUCGAGCUCGACGCCGACGGCCGCCCCACCAACCGCGCGAUGCGGCGGCGCCCGGCGCUGGUGCAGGCGGCCGCGGAGGCGAGCUGCGCGGCGGACCCCGCGGCGCCUGGGUUCGAGGGACCGCGGCGGCUGGAGACGCACGUGUGGCACGCACGGCGCAUGGCUAUGAAGCUCAGCUGCGGCCACCUUCUCGCCUCCAAGGCCGUCGGCCGCGGCCACGGCAGCCGCUCGCUGCUGCAGAAGGCGCGGCGCGGGGCGCUGGCGCACGACGCUUCUUAUUGGUGCUGCCUGCAGCUGGAGGGGGAGGAGGGGGCGCUGGCCGGCACCCUGGAGGCCGUCAGCGUACCCGGCCACUGGCGGGCGGCGUGGGAGACCCCCGGCUUCAGGGAGGGGGCGGUGGAGGCGCCCAUCGUGCUGCAGGUGCCCGGCCCCGCGUUCCCCGCGCGCGCCGUGGGCCCGUCCAUGGUGAUGCUCCACCCUUUGGAGCCCUCCACGGCGCCGGCGGCAGCACCCCGGCGGGCGUGGGUGUGGGUCCACGCGGCGACGGCGCGCGAGGCCGCGGCGGCGCUGCGCUCGGCGGCGGCGGCGGGCGGCGGCGAGGUGGCGGUGGUGUCGCUGGCGCCGUACCUGCGGCGGCUCGAGCUGUGCGGGGCAGGCGCGGACGCGGCGCUCGCGGCGGCGCUGGGUGCGGCCUGCGAGACGACAAUCUGCCUCGACGGCGCCGCCGCGGCGGGCGCGGCCGACCCGGACAAGGCCAUUGGCGGCGACGGCGAGGGCGGCGCGGCCUCGGGCCUGCCGCCAUCGGUGUCGGGGCCGUCGGCGGCGCGGGAUCCAGAUUAA